AUGGCGAGUUAUUUUGACAUGAACGAAUUCAGCGUAGAACAGCUUAUGGCUCUCAAUAGUAUCAUAGACAGUGAUAACGAGAUUGAUGAAAGAGUAGAGAACAUCAUGGAGGACAAAACCUACAGGAUUGCACCUAGUGAUAAGGGCAAAGAUCCCCUUGAAGGAGAAAGACAAUUUGUAGAUGAAGUUGACCGUGAUAUGGAGGUAAAGAAACCAAGACGUCUUCCUUUGAACUAUAAGGGUAGAAGAGGAAUUAUGCCAACAUGGAAGUACUCUGAAAGACAAAAGGCUAAGGCCUUACUUGUAGAGGAGGCAUACCAGAAUCUACUAAAAAGGGGAGUUGAGGGGUUACCACCAACAAUGGGAGGUAGAUGGCGCACAGAUGAUCCUCAGGUGAAUGCGGAAAUUAGGAGAAUCGAAAACGAGAGGAAUCCUAAGCGUCCCAGAGGUAGACCACCAAAGCCUAAGGUUGAUGGUGAAGUUAAGGUUCCUAAAAGGAGAGGUAGACCACCAAAGCCUAAGGUUGAUGUUAUACAACAAAAGCCUAAGGUUAGAAGGCAAACUGUCGCGGAAAGAUUCCUGAGUCAAAAUAGGAUAAAACUCUCGGUGCCUGCAAACAGUAUUAUAACUCCAACAGGUCCAGGUAAGUUUACGAUCAGUGUGGAUCUUAAUAAGAAACCCACAAGGAAAGCUCCUGAAGUGCCUAAGGGUAUAGCUCCAUGGAGACCGACACCUAAACCUAGAACUAGACUUCCUCCUAAGGAAAGACCUGUACCGAAACCCAGAACGGUACUUCCCAAGGAAAGACCUGUACCGAAACCAAGGACUAGGAAACCAGUGUCUACUCCUAAGGUCCGUAAGCCUGUAAAGGUGUCAAGGGAAGUCAAGGAGCGGCCUAUAGUGGUUACACGAGAGGAACACGAAAUAGACCCAUUUGGAACUUACCUUGAAAAGCCAUUCCACAGAAAAAUUGAAACAGCCGCAAAUGGAGCUGCUGUAACUUACUCAAUAACUCCUCAUUAUAUGGACCCCCUGAAUCAGUUAACUGCAAGUAGACAGGUAGUGAGAGGAAUACUUGUGAACGAAUUGAAGAGAAUGGGAGGGUUGAAGUACACGGAGACAAUAAAGGUGAGAAUGUCGAAGGAGAUAGGUAACGGUAAAACAAAGAAGGACUCAAUCUACUUCAAGUCUAAAACUGGCACUGCAACUAACUUCGAGGAUAUUGAAAGUACAGCUGCUCAAAACCAACUGACAAUAUUGUCUAGAAUUGAAACCUUCCAAAACUUAGGUUCAAAUUGGAUUAUUCUCAAUAUUGAGAGCCAUUACGUGAACAUUGCAAUGUACAAACCUCUGAAGGGUAGUUCAUAUAUGAAACUACCUGGGGACAUUAGUAAUCCAAAGUGUGGGCUAAUCAAUAUGAAGAACAACGACAAUAUGUGUUUUCUGUGGAGUCAUGUGAGACAUCUAAGACCUAAAGCUAGAAGAGCAACUACUAUUACACGGAAGGAUAGGGAGUUCGUAGACAACCUGGAUUAUAAGGAUAUAGAAUUCCCUGUGAAGAUAAGUGAUAUUGAUAAAAUUGAGAGGAAAAACAGUAUAAACAUAUCAGUGUUCGGUUAUAAGGGUAAAAAACAGUUCUAUCCUAUAAGAAACUCAAAGGAUAAAUACGAUGAGCAUAUGGAGCUUCUACUACUAGGUAACGGUGAAGGUAACAACCAUUAUGUACUCAUAAAGGAUGUGAACAGAAUGCUUUUCAGCGUAAGUGGAUACACACACAAGAAACACUUUUGUUUACACUGUCUUCAUAGUUGUGUGAGUAAAGAGGUACUGGAGAAGCAUAAGGAGACAUGUCUGGAGGUAAAUGGAACCCAGGCCACAAAGCUUCCCAAGGAAGGUACUAAAAUAAAGUUCAAAAAUCACAGGAACUCGAUGCCUGUACCGUUCGUGAUAUACGCUGAUUUUGAGUCAAUACUGGUACCAGAGGAGAGAAAAGUGGAGUCAGAAAACCCUGAGGACAAAAGUAGUACAGACCUUUACCAGACACACAAGGCUUGUAGUUUUGGUCUAAAGACUGUCUGCCAUUAUGAUGAUAAGUACUCUGGUGAGUAUAAGAGUUACGUUGGAGAGGAUGCUGCACUGGUAUUCCUGAAGACUGUAUUGAAAGAGUCCUUCAGAUGUAGAGAGAUGGUUAACAAUAUAUUCAAGAAAAAGAUGGUAAUUACACCUGAAGAAGAAGCUGAGUUCUGGAAGGCAAGAAACUGUUCAAUAUGUGGUAACGAUCUUGGUGAGGACAGAGUAAGGGACCAUGAUCAUGUAACAGGAAUGUACCGUGGAGCUGCUCAUAAUAUAUGCAACCUAAAAUACAGAAUUACAUGGAAAGUACCUGUGGUCUUCCACAAUCUGAGAGGUUACGAUAGUCAUCUAAUUAUGCAGGAAAUUGGUAAGUUCAAGAUGAACAUUAACGUGAUCCCAAAUAAUAUGGAAAAAUAUAUUUCAUUCUCACUGGGUAAAAAUCUUGUCUUCAUAGACUCUAUACAGUUUAUGGCUUCUUCACUGGAAGCACUGGUGAGUAACCUUUCACCUGAGGACUUUAAAAUAGUAGGUAAGAGGUGGAAGGGUGAGGACUUCAAUUUAGUAACACAAAAAGGAGUCUUUCCGUAUGAAUUUCUGGAUGACAUUAGUAAACUCAAUACAGAGGGUCUUCCUAGUAGAGAUAAGUUUUACUCGUCACUGUAUGAGUCAAAGGUGAAGGAAGAAGAUUACCAAAGAGCUAGGAAAGUAUGGGAUCACUUUGGGAUGAAAACCAUGAGAGACUACCACGAUCUCUACCUGGAGACUGACGUUCUUUUGUUAGCUGAUGUAUUUGAAAACUUCAGGAGAACAUGUCUGGAAAAUUACAAACUUGACCCUGCACAUUACAUGUUAGCACCUA